AUGGCGGAAGAAAUGGAAACCGAAUCAAUAAAUUCCAACGGGGAUCAACCUCAAGCCCCGCCCACUUCUCGAAUCAAAGAAAUUCCGGAGGGAACUCCAGAUUUCGUGAAGGAGACAGUCGAACGAUCGGGCAAAAAUCCAAUGUCGAUAUUCUCGGAACUGUAUGUUCAGUUGACAGGAAAUCAGCCGUUGUUCGAGUAUUACGUGAGAAAUCAGCCAGGUGGAGGCAUUAAAUUCGUGUGUAUCACAAUGUUGGAUGGACAGAAAAUAGAAGGAGAACAGAUGAAUAAGAAGAAGGACGCCAAGUUGUCGACGGCGUGGAAGGGAUUGGAGAUAUUGACAAGACAUGCGAGUGAUUCGAUGACUCCGGAAGUUCAGUUUCAGCUGGAGACAACUUUCUUCGAAUUACUCAGAGAACACACAUAUGCAAAGUUUUAUGAUUUGUGCAAAUCGAAUGCUUCACUCUACGGAUACGAGAAAGUGAUAGCCUCGAUAUUCAUCCAGAACAACGAGAAUCUUCAAGUAAUCUCUCUUUCGACUGGAAAUAAAGGACUCAGAGGAGACAAGAUAGUGAAUGACGGAAGUGCUCUCAUCGAUUGUCACGCUGAAAUUCUCGCACGACGAGGUCUCCUCAGAUUCCUGUAUUCUGAAGUGAUCAAGUUCUCCACGUCACCAGAAUCAUCGAUUUUCGAGAGAGGAACAGAGAAAUUGGUGCUGAAAAAGGGGAUUCUCUUCCAUUUAUUCAUAAAUACAGCACCAUGUGGAACGGCGAGAGUUGAUCGUCGAAUGAAGUCUGGAACCGCCGAGGAAAUCCAGGCGACCUCUCAGCUCCGUUUCAAAAUAGACAAGGGAAUGGGAACGGUGUUGGGCGGUGCGGACGAGUUUGCCGAUCCGCAGACAUUCGAUGGGAUUAUGAUGGGAGAGAGGAUGCGGACGAUGUCUUGUUCGGAUAAAUUGUUGAGGGCGAACGUGUUGGGUGUGCAGGGAGCACUUCUUUCUCAUUUUAUUGAGCCGAUCUACUACACGUCGAUCGCCGUUGCCGAACAGAACAACUUCGACCGUCUCAACAAAGCGGUGUUCGCCCGCGCGGCCAACUACCAACCACCAGCUCCAUUCAAAGUACAACAAGUGAUAAUCGGAGAGUGUCAAAUCGAAGAUAUCGAUCAGUCGUCAUCUGUGGCCGCCCGUUCGUCUGUUGGAUCCAUGAACUGGAAUCUGGCGGAUGGAACGACGGAAGUGAUUCGGACGAAUGAUGGAUUGGUUCACGAGAAGAAGGAGAAUGGAGUGGAAGUGGAGACUCCAUCACGGUUGAGUAAGAAGAUGUUGGCUGAGUUGAUGAUGGCGACGUGCAAACUGACGCAAACCGCCGUGGACUCCCCUAUCACUUACGAUGAGCUGAAAGCGGGAUCACUCGAAUAUCUCACUGCGAAACAGUCAUUCAUCAAAUGGCUCCGACAACAAGAUCUCGGCAUUUGGCAACGCAAACCACGCGAAUUCCAAAUGUUUAGAGUUAAUUAA